GGAGCAACCCGUUCGCAGUCGUCGCAAGCUGGUCAAGCUGCUUCAUCAGCAGCACUCAGUUGUCACCAGUAAUCCCCCCUGAGCUGCAGCUUCGCCAUUCUGAGCAUCUGAGCCCGAGGAGGCGGUUCUGCUGUGCUAGCUAUAGAAUAUAUAAGGAGGGGCUUCUGGCACUCCUUGCAUACUAUCCAAAUCACUAUCAGACAACCUCCUCACUUCCAAUCCAUCAGACAUUCUUCUCGCUCCCGAUCUACCAGACAAUCUCGUUACCCCCGAUCUAUCAGACAAUCUCCGUACCCCCGAUCUUCAUAUCCAAAUUCAAAAUGCGCGUCGCUAUCGCUGGCUCCGGAGAUGUUGCACGCUACUUCGCCGAAGAGCUUGUCGCGACCGGUAUCGAUGUCAUUGUACUAGGCCGUUCAGCAAAGCCGUACUUCGAGAACCUCCCCGGCAUCCAGCAGGUCGUCACAGACUACUCGGUGCCAUCUCUCGUGCAGGCCCUGGAAGGCUGCACUACCCUCAUAUCGACCAUCCUCGAAUACACGCCAACCUUCACCGACGUCCAUCUGAAGCUCAUCGAAGCUUGCAAACAGAGUGCCACAAUCAAGCGCUUCAUUCCCUCAGAGUACGGCGGCAACAUCGAAGAGUUCCCCGACCAGCCGGCCUUCUACGCCGUCACCCGCGCACCAAUCCGGCAGGCCUUGAAAGACCAGGACGAGCUGGAGUGGACCACGAUCGCCUGCGGUUGGCUCGUCGACUACGUCGUGCCCAGCCGCAACCGCUGGAUGAAAGAGAUCGGCGACGUCUUCGCCAUCGACCUCGCGGGGAAAAAGAUCGUCAUUCCCGGCACGGGGAAAGAGCCGCUGGACUUCACCAGUGUCAGGGACCUGGCCAAGGCGGUGGUCAAGCUCGUCCAAACGCCGAAUUGGGUGCGCUACACGUACAUCUCGGGGGAAAAAUCUUCCUGGAAUGAUUUGGCGGCUUUGAUCCUCGAUAAAUACCCCGACAUGAGCGUUGAGUACCGUAGCCUUGCCAAACUGGAGGAUACCUUUCAGAACGGCCCAGAUGAGAUGACGCGCCUCAUCGCCGCGUAUCAGAUCUUCUCUCUCAGCGAGUCCGGGUCUUUGCCUCCCGCCAAGGUUGCCGCUCAUCGCCAGCAGUUCUUUCAAGGAAUCAAAUUCCGGACGCCGAGGGAUUUGGUGGAGGAAGUUGAGCAGCAUCCGGAUAUCAUUGUCUAAGGUUUGGAUUCUGGGGAAUGUGUUGACUGCCAGUGGCUAGCGUAAUACAUUCGGUCGGAGUAUAUUUCGGCGUCAUGUUACUCUCCUUUUUAUCACGUAUACCUAAUAAUUUACCUCAAUACAAAAUCAUGUUCAACCCGAUCUGUCUUACGAACUCUUGGCAAGUCC